AUGACUUUGAUGAAAAGGGGAUGCUGUUCCAGGAAUCUUCACUAUUGCCUUCUAUGCUUUUUCACCCUGGUAUCCAUUGCUACCUGCAAGACUAUACGUUACAGGACUUAUGAAGAAGAUGACCCUGGGACAGUCAUAGGGACCUUAGCUGAAGACAUGCACCUCAACCUACCUGCAGAAGGUAGCUUUCGUUUGAUGAAACAGUUCAACAGCUCACUCAUUCGUGUCAGAGAGAGUGAUGGCCAGUUGAGCAUUGGAGAGAGAAUAGAUCGGGAGCGGAUUUGCAAGCAAUCUCUCACUUGUAACCUUGCCCUGGACGUUGUCAGCUUCUCCAAGGAGCAAUUCAAGUUGAUUCAUGUGGAAGUGGAGGUGAAAGACAUCAAUGAUAACAGCCCUCACUUUCCCAAUCCGGAGAUACCUGUGGAGGUGUCUGAGAGCGCUUCAGUGGGCACCAGAAUCCCACUGGAGAUAGCUGUGGAUGAGGAUGUAGGGUCCAAUUCUAUCCAGAGCUUCCAAAUCUCAGUCAACAGUCACUUCAGCCUUGAUGUACAGACCAGGGCAGAUGGAGUUAAAUAUGCAGACUUAGUCCUCAUGAAAGAGCUGGACAGGGAAAGUCAGUCAGCUUAUACCUUGGAACUGGUGGCCAUGGAUGGAGGAACCCCGUCGAGAUCUGGAAGUGCCAUGGUUAACGUGCGUGUUUUGGACUUCAAUGAUAACAGCCCAGUCUUUGAGAGGAACGCAAUCACUGUGGAGUUGAUGGAGGAUGCUCCCGUAGGAUACCUUCUGCUGGACCUCCAUGCAGUUGACCCUGAUGAAGGAGCUAAUGGAGAGAUAGUCUAUGGCUUCACUCCCCAGGUGUCUCAAGAGGUACGUCAGCUCUUUAAAAUUGAUCCGAAAUCUGGUCGUCUAACGCUUGAAGGUCAGGUUGACUUUGAGACAAAGCAAACCUAUGAGUUUGAUGUCCAAGCCCAGGACUUGGGUCCUAACCCUUUAACUGCCACUUGUAAAAUAAUUGUCCAUAUCCUAGAUGUGAAUGAUAAUGCUCCUUCUGUCACCAUCACUCCUCUGACUUCCAUCAGCGCAGGAGUAGCCUACAUCACCGAGGCAGCCGCUAAAGACAGCUUUGUAGCGCUGAUCAGCACCACGGACAGGGACUCUGGGGCCAACGGCCAAGUUCACUGCACUAUCUACGGUCAUGAACACUUCAAGCUCCAGCAAGCUUAUGAAGACAGCUUCAUGUUAGUCACCACCUCACCUUUAGACAGGGAGAGGAUAGCAGAGUACAACCUGACAGUGGUGGCUGAGGACCUCGGUUCCCCACCAUUCAAGACCAUCAAGCAAUACACCAUCAGGGUGAGCGAUGAGAACGACAAUGCCCCAGUGUUUGCCAAACCAGUUUAUGAAGUGUCAGUCAUGGAGAAUAAUGCCCCUGGAGCUUAUAUCACCACAGUAGUGGCCAGGGACCCUGAUCUUGGGCACAAUGGUAAAGUUAUCUACAGGCUGGUAGAAUCAGAAGUUAAUGGUGCCCCGAUCUCCACCUAUGUGUCCUUAGACCCUGCUACUGGAGCUGUUUAUGCCCUGAGAACCUUCAAUUAUGAGAUCCUCAAGCAGCUGGACCUAAGGAUACAAGCCAGUGACGGGGGUUCUCCACAGCUCACAAGUAGCUCCAUCAUCAAGGUCAAGAUUGUGGAUCAAAACGAUAACGCUCCAGUUAUUGUUAACCCCAUUCUGUCCAAUAGCUCUGCAGAAGUGGUGAUACCAGCUAGAGCUCCCCAUGGCUUUCUUGUCACCCAGAUUAAAGCCAAGGAUGCAGAUGAGGGGGUCAACGCAGAACUGUCCUUCAGCCUCUCAGAAGAGGGACGCAGCCUGUUCACCAUCAACAAGGUGACAGGUGAGGUGUUCCUCACAGUAGACGUCAGUGAUGACCUGGGGCAAGUAUUCAAGACGGUGGUCACCGUCACAGAUGGCGGCAGACCCUCUCUAUCUACUACAGCCACUGUCAGCUUCCUGGUCACAGCCGCCACCCCUCCUGCCAACCAUGAAGUCAUGCAGCCAAGUUCUUGGGAGGAGAAAGUUUCCCGCUGGGACAUUCCUCUGAUCGUCAUCAUCGUCCUGGCAGGCAGCUGCACCCUGCUCCUGGCUGCCAUCGUCACCAUUGCCACCACAUGCAACAAACGCAGGAAGGAGAAUAAAGCCGGCAAGGAGAGGGACAUCUCCGAGCUGGAGAAGGGGGAGCAGGACGACGAGGAGCUCAUAGACAGCCAGAAGGGCAACCUGUUCGAUGCCAGACCUUUCCCCAACGCGACCCCAUUCACGGGGACGGAGGCAGCACCGGCGGCAGCAGUAGUCACCCCGGAGGUGCCCAGCGCCGAGGAGAACUUCAGCACCGGCCUCUAUGACACCCAGAAGAGGCUGAGGACCGCCAACAACGAGAACUAUGCACCGGCCCCCGGCUACGGCAAGGACGCGGGGCCCACGGUCACCGUGUGGAAGGGCCACUCAUUCAACACCAUAUCCAUUCGUGAAGCCGAGAAAUUCAGUGGGAAGGACAGCGGCAAAGGGGACAGUGACUUCAAUGACAGCGACUCCGACAUCAGCGGGGACGCUCUGAAGAAGGACCUCAUCAACCACAUGCAGACAGGACUAUGGGCCUGUACAACAGAGUGUAAGAUCCUAGGUCAUUCUGACCGCUGUUGGAGUCCAUCAUGUGGAAGACCACCAAAUGUCCAUUCUGCGGCCAUGCACACAGGCCAGCUCUCAGUCUCCAGCUUUGGCAAGAGCACCUCUCUCCCUCGAGAUCCUCUGCAUAGAGAUAACUAUUACCAAUCAUCAUCAGCUCAAGCACACCUCCAGAAAACUGGUGGACUUCAGUGUGUGUAUGAGAAGGUGCCACCCAAAGACUACGAAAGCAGGACAAUUACUUUAAUUUCACCUCCGAGAUCUGGCAGGCUUCCUGAUUUACAAGAAAUCAGCAUGCCUCUUUACAAGUCUCCUGGCACAAGUAGAUAUGUGCCAUCGCAGGACACCACAUGUGAACAGGAUGAACUUUAGUCUAACACAAUCGGACUUGUACAGUCUGUUACGGACAGCCACAAUUGGUGUAAAUGGGACUGAAUAACUCUAAGAGUUUUAAGUUAUUGACCAUAGUUAAAUAAUAAUGAUCCUUUAUUUAGGUACAAGAAGUCUUAACGCACUUCAUUUGCCAUAGUUCAAGUUAUAUCUAUGAGGUUAUUUAUUACAAAGCAUUACAACGUCUUCCAGUUAUAAAAUUGUCAAGAAAUGAUCGUUUUUAGGUGAGGGAUUUUACAAAAACAAUGCAAGACCAGACAAAUUCAGAUCACACAUUGUAGGUCAAACCAACAUACACUGGUCCUCCGUUAUGAAAAACAGUGCAGAAAAAAAAAAGGUAGCGCUAAUCAAAACAACCAGUCAGGUUUCAGCAUUGAUUGAUGGGUUGGCAUUGGCAACAUCUCAGUUUUUUCUGUAUUUGUUUCUAUAAAUGAGAUCAACUUUUUGUAAAUAUACCUCAACUGGAAUUUUUCUUCCUUGACAUGGUUACUUUACACUGCCCCAUGUGCUCCAUUUCCAUUUUUGGUGGAAAAUUGGGCUAUUUUUUAAAAGGGUUCUCUGGGAUUUUGAUAUAGAUGGGAAUUUGACUCCCAACAAACCUCGCCCAUCAGCUGUUUGAAGAGUCUGUGGCUUUCCGGUGAGAGCCGCUGCCUCUUCCUAGGCCAGUGACAUCACCUUCAUUAGUCACAUGGCCUAGGCUAAGAUGAAUGGGGCUGAACUGCAAGUACAGUUGAUAUG